GUGGCUGAAAUCGUUUGCCCUUGAUUACUAACCGAAAGGUUGGCGGCUCUAAUCCACCCAUUGGAGCUGUGGAAGAAAGGCCUGAGGAUCUACUUCCAUAGGUUCCCAGAAACCCAGUGCCGUCGAGUCGAUCCUGACUCAUAGCGACCCUAUAGGACAGAGUAGAACUGCCCUGUAGAGUUUCCAAGGAGCGCCUGGUGGAUUCGAACUGCUGACCCUUUGGUUAGCAGCCAUAGCACUUAACCGCUAUGCAUGAAAACCCUAUGGAGCAGUUCUACUCUGAAACAGAUGGAGUAACCGUGAGUUGGAAUCAACUCGGUGGCAAUGAGUUUAACAGGUUAGUGAAAACAAAGAUGGAACAGAAUGUGCAAAGAAAGGCCUGGAGGAGAGCAGUUCUUGACGUGGUCUAGGAAAAACUUAUCUUUACUUGAUGUGAAGUCCACUUAUUAGCUCAUCCUGACACCCUGAUACCUGUUUCCACACAUAGGUUCUCUUCGUGGUAUAUGCAUACCUGCCUGACUGAACUGAAGUUUCGUCCUCUCUCUUUAGGGUUUGGUUUGGUCUCUUGUCGUGUGAUUUCCCAAGUAAAAUAUGCUUGUUUACUUGAAAUAUGUAAGUGUAAAAUACACUUUUACACUUAAUUAAAGGGUUCCUGAUCACCCGUGUUCCCCAAGUCUGUGGCUUGCCUCUUGGUUCAUGAAUGUUGUGAGAAUGGAAUGAGGGGACUUUGGCACAAUGACUAGCACACCAGAGGCACUCGAUGCAUGUUUAUGGGGAGAUUUGGCCAACUCACAACCCCCAAGUCUGUGCAGCUCUUCAGAGUAUGAAGGAUGAAAAUAAUUUCCCAUUAACAAUUUGCAUUAAUGCUGGGACAGAAAGUGUUAUUUAGAAGCUCAGAUGCCUUUUUAUCAAUCCUUUACACAAUAAACAAAGGGAUGUGUCUGUUGUGAUUUCUGAAAGUGUAUCAAGGCCCUUAGAAAAUGCCAUUGGUAACUUUUGGCUCCCACUUUUGGUUGGUUGUUUGCCCUUUUGAAAAGCAACCAUUUGCAGCUUGAAUAAGAACUUCUAUCCAUUUUUUCAUGGAUGUUUUAGAAACUAUUCUUUUUAUAGAAGACAUUUCUAAAAUAUUAGCGUAAACUGCGCGUUGUUGUGGGAAUUUAGCACUUUACCAAGAGAGGAAAUAGAAUGAUCUUUGCUAUGGGGAAAAUAAGUCACUGUGACACACACACAGUAUUUACCAGUUCUUAUGAGAGACACUGUUUCUUAUGUUUCAAUAUGAGGAUCUUCAGAGAAGGCUUUUGGUUCUGAGACUGGAAAGAAAUAUUUCAGAGUAAUACGUAUAUGGAUCAUUGAAACCACUGAAGGGGAUUUAAGUUGCACUCCCCAAGGGUCUAUAGUUUUGACUCUUAGUUCUGUCAAUAAAAUAAGGCCGUUACCAUGAUAUCGACUCACCCAUCCUGCAAAGGAAUGAAAAAUAAGGGGCUGGAGUAGGAUGGCAAAUUCUGUUUUUGAACUGAUUUUUGUUUUGUACCAUUUCAGGUACUUUGGUAUUCAUAUGCCCUCUAGAAGAUCAAGGUAUCAGUGUGAGCAGAUAGAAAUAUGUUUUUGUAUUUAAUUGAAGUGAUUAUGAAUUAAAUAUGAUGCCAAAAUUUAUCUCCCCUGAGUAUAAAAUGUAUAAGAUGAAAUUACUAUAUCAUCUAAGUAUAUGAAACUAUUGUGAAAAUAUUGAAUAAGCCACCAAGGAUAUGAAUAUUUUUGAAAACACUGAGUAGCAGAUAAGAUUACUAUAGAUUUUCUAGAUGGUGAAAUCAGGAUGGGACUGACUUGCUAAAUUAAUUAUGAGAUGUUUCUAGGGUAAAACCAAAUCCCUUGCUGUCCAUAGGAGUGUAUAAUCUCAUCAAGCCAACAAAAUAAAUUAAAAGCUUAAUUUAAGGGGGGAAAAAUGAAAUAGUAUUGAAACCAGAGGCUUAUUUGACUUCUUUUAUUACUAUUCCUGAAAAUGUUGAUACUCAUAGUCACCAGAAGUUAUAUAUUCAGUUCAGUGACUGUUAUGGAUUGAAUUGUGUUCCCCAGAAAUGUGUGUCAACUUGGCUGGCCUAUGAUUUCCAGCAAUGUGUGAUUGUCAACCAUUCUGUGAUCUGAUGUGAAUUUUCCUGUGUGUAGUAAAUCCUACCUCUAUGCUCCUUGGAGGCUCUAUGAGGCAGUUCUACUCUGUACUGUAGGGUCGCUAUGAGUCAGAAUCGACUCGCCAGCACAGGGUAUGAUGUUAAUGAGGUGGGAUUAGCGGCAGUUAUGUUCAUUAGGCAGGACUCAAUCUUACAAAAUUAGGUUGUGUUUUAAGUCAAUCUCUUGAGAUAUAAAAGAGAGAAGCCAGCAGAGAGACAUGGGGACCUAUUUUAAUCUGGGUUCUCUAGAGAAGCAAAACCAGUAAAGCAUAUAAAUAUAUAAAGAGAGAUUUAAUCAAGGACAGAGUUCACUCGAUUGUAGACGCUGCAACAUCCCAAGUCUGUGGAUCAGGAUAGAGGCCUCUCCCAAUUCACACAGCUGCAGAAGCUGGCGAACCCAAGAUUGGCAGUUUGGAGAGCAGGGCUACUGCCCACAGGCUGUGAAUGUUGACGAAUCCCAAGAUUGGCAGGCAAGACCACAAGGUUUCUCCCAAUUCAUGUAGCUGCAGGGACUGGCAAACCCAAAAUCAGGUCCGGGAGCAGGACUCCUGCUCACAGGCUGUAAAGAUUGACAAAUCCCAACAUCGACAGGUAAGCUGCUAGCUCAAGGUCAGAUGACAAGAGACAGCUGCUGGAUCCAAGCCAAAAGCCUUGGCAAGGCAAGCAGGAAGGAAGUAGGCAGCAAAGGGUGGAGAAAUGAAGGCUAAGGGGGUGGUGAGCCACCACAGGCCCCACCCCCACUGGUGCCACUCAGCAGAUUCCAUCAUGGCGGUGAUCACAUACCAAAUUCAGCAGGGAAGUGAUCACAUUAUACACCUACCAAAACACUUGAGAAUCAUGGCCCAGCCAAGUUGACACACAAUCUUAACUAUCACAGGACCUCAUUAACACCAAACAAGAAGAGCCGGGAGCACACAUCCUUUGGACCUGGGGUCCCUGUGCUAAGAAGGUCCUAGACUGGGGAAUACUGAUGACAAGGACCUUCCCCCCGAGCCAACAGAGAAAGAAAGCCUUCUGCUAGAGCUGGGACCCUGAAUUUGGGCUUCUAAACUCCUAAGCUGUGAGACUAAGUCAGUUUAGCCCUGAAGGUACUUCUACUGAGAUACACAGAUCUUCUGUUGGGAUCUCCAGUAAGACCCUCAUAUUUUUCCCAUCGUGAUAUAGGAAAUGUGCGUGCGUGUGCUUGUGUGUGUGUAAGUAAUAUAUAUUGUAGUAGUUAAGAGCUCAGCUUGGGGUCAGACUCACUGGGUUUGGAACACAGCUGUACCAUUUACUAAUUCUGUGACCUUGGGUGAUUUAAUUAACCUCCCUGGGUCUCAGAUUCCUUAUCUGCAGAUAAUACAGCAUCUACCUCUUGGGUUGUUGUGAGGAUUAAAUGGGUAUCUGUUUGUACAAGUCUUAGCACAAGGUCUGGUACACAGUAAAUUUCAAAUAUUAGGUAUUAUUACUAUGCUUGUUACUGAGCUAAUAAAAUGACUGUUUUUUUAUGCCACUAACUUUUGGAGUGAUCGUUGCAGGGCAAUAGAUGACUAUUACCUACCCAUCACUCUAAUCAAUUAGGUUUGUUAACUCUUAUUUAUAAAGAGAGGAAGGAAUUCAUUAAUUCUUUGCAUUUCAGCACAGGUUUUGGUGUCUGCGGAAAACAGUUCUGAUUUCCCCAAAGAAACGACCUUUUGGUUGACUGAACUGCAUAUAUGUGAUAAGGAUUUAAAAAAAAAAAAAAGUGCUCUUGCUGGUUUUUGUUGUUAUGGUAGAGGUGAAUCAGGUAAGGGGAGAUGUUGGCUUCUCUACAAUGUCUUUUUUUUUGCAAAAACCUGAUUUUCCUAGUAAUCUGAUUCUGUUACUUUCUCUAUAAGACAUGGUCCCCACAGGAUGAUACUUUUCACCAUCUGGCAGCAUGCAUGCAUUAUAAACCUUUAAGAAUCUGCCAUGAAAGUGCCUUAACCAACUUGGUGCAGUGAAUCCUGAAUCACCACACAUGUGUUCAUUACAUCACUAUGUUGUAAUGACCACGUCUGUGGUAAUUCAGGAUUGGGUGGAGGUUAUUCAUGUUUCUCAUCACCUGUAGCUAAACAGGAAACCCUGGUGGCAUAGUGGUUAAGUGCUGUGGCUGCUAACCAAAAGGUCAGCAGUUCAUUUCCACCCGGCGCUCCUUGGAUACUCUAUGGGGCAGUUCUACUCUGUCGUAUAGGGUCACUAUGAGUUGGAAUGGACUCUAAGGCAACGAGUUUGGUUUUUGAUUUGGUAGCUAAACAAGAAGAUUUAGAAUAUGUCCUGUACCUGCAGAAAGCAAGUCAAAUACUAGCAGGUGCUUUUGGCUUAGUAAGAGACCUUUUUUUUUUUUUUUAGUUUUUUGUGCUUUAAGUGAAAGUUUACAAAUCAAGUCAGUCUCUCCUAUAAAAAUUUAUAUACACCUUGCUAUAUACUCCUAGUUUUUCUCCCCCUAAUUUUUUUUUAAUGAGACAGCACACUCCUUCCCUCCACACUCUAUUUUCGUGUCCAUUUAGCUAGCUUCUGACCCUCUCUGCCCCCUCAUCUCCCCUCCCGACAGGAGCUGCCUGCACAGUCUCAUAUGUCUACAUGAUCCAAGAAGCUCAUUUCUUCACCAGUUAUCAUUUUCUAUCCCAUAGUCCAGUCCAAUCCCUGUCUGAAGAGUUGGCUUUGGGAAUGGUUCCUGUCUUGGGCUAACAGAAGGUCUGGGGACCAUGACCCCUGGGGUCCUUCUAAUCUCAGUCAGACCAUUAAGUCUGCUCUUUUUACGAGAAUUUGACGUCUGCAUCCCACUGUCACUUUUACAUGAAGCUGAGCUGUACAUCCUGACUUUACGACUUGUAGAAUUGUUCAAGAACAACAAAACCGGAUGAAAAUACAAGGACAUUGAAAUGUGCUAAAUGGGACAUGGACCCAGUCAGGUUUCUGUAAUUUGUCAGUUUUUAACUUCGAAGACUCUGAAUAUCAACACCUUUGAGAACAGAAUGUUAAUGCUUGAUGGAAUGCCGGCAGUCAGAGUCAAAACAGAGCUGUUGGAAUCUGAACAAGGGUCUCCAAACGUCCACAACUAUCCCGAUAUGGAAGCUGUUCCCCUGUUGCUAAAUAAUGUGAAAGGGGAGCCCCCAGAGGACUCGGUAUCUGUAGAUCACUUCCAAACACAAACUGAGCCAGUGGACUUGUCAAUAAACAAAGCCAGGACAUCCCCUACAGCUGUUUCAUCCUCCCCAGUUUCCAUGACAGCGUCUGCCUCCUCACCGUCUUCUACUUCAACCUCUUCAUCGUCUUCUAGUCGUCCAGCCUCAUCCCCAACUGUUAUAACAUCAGUAUCUUCAGCGUCAUCUUCGUCAACAGUAUUAACGCCAGGGCCCCUUGUUGCCUCUGCAUCUGGUGUGGGAGGCCAGCAGUUUUUGCACAUUAUACAUCCUGUACCACCUUCAAGCCCCAUGAACUUACAGUCUAACAAACUGAGUCACGUUCACCGCAUCCCUGUGGUGGUCCAGUCGGUGCCUGUUGUCUACACAGCUGUACGGUCACCUGGAAAUGUGAACAACACUAUUGUAGUGCCGCUUUUGGAGGAUGGGAGAAGCCAUGGCAAAGCACAAAUGGACCCUCGAGGCCUAUCUCCCAGGCAAAGUAAAAGUGACAGUGAUGAUGAUGACCUGCCAAAUGUGACCUUAGAUAGCGUUAAUGAAACUGGAUCUACGGCCCUUUCCAUAGCCAGAGCAGUACAAGAGGUACAUCAGUCCCCAGUAUCGAGGGUCCGUGGAAACCGAAUGAAUAAUCAGAAGUUUGCUUGUUCAAUUUCACCAUUUAGUAUUGAGAGCACAAGACGCCAGAGACGGUCUGAAUCCCCAGACUCCAGAAAACGGCGUAUCCACAGAUGUGACUUUGAGGGAUGCAACAAAGUGUACACAAAAAGCUCUCAUCUGAAGGCUCAUCGGAGGACACAUACAGGAGAGAAACCUUACAAGUGUACGUGGGAAGGCUGCACCUGGAAGUUUGCGCGUUCGGAUGAACUGACAAGGCAUUACCGCAAACACACGGGAGUGAAGCCAUUCAAGUGUGCGGACUGCGAUCGCAGCUUUUCCCGGUCAGAUCAUUUGGCACUUCACCGCCGCAGGCAUAUGCUGGUGUGAGGAAGGCUACCUGUCCAGCUGAGCGUAAGAGCUGGAUCUCUUAGCGGCACCUGAUUCAGCAGGGCUGGAUCCCCUUCACAGUGUUAACACAAAAGGGCAUCACCAUCCCACGAUGUCUGAAAUCAGAGCAGGAAAAAGAAGUAACACUUCUUUUGGUCCGAAGGUAACCCCCAUCAUGACUACCCGAGAAACGUCUUCACGCUGGCCUGGGAGAUCAGUGGCAUAAAUGCUGAGGAGACAGGCAUUGUUUUCCAUGCUGUGUACUCUGCCAUUUAAAGAUGUUUGUAGCCUGUACAUUUUCUGAGCUGUCAGACAUUUUAUUAUUAAUAUGUUAAAGGUCAACUACCACAAAUUGAUGGCUAGAGCAAGACCUUUAUCAAUUUGGAUUCUUCUCCCACCCUCCCACCCCUUCACCCCUUUUUACAAAAAUUUUAGUUACUGUCUGAGUGAGCUAGAACACACAUCCAAUCUGUUACCAGCAAGCAGCCUGAAAGUAGAAAAGAAGAAGCUGUUGGAGAGGUUCCAUUACCUGCAAAGAAAGGGGCACUCCAGCAGCCCUCUGCAAUAGCGAUGACGGCAAUUAGAUAUCACCCGCAACUUGUCAUUAUGCCAUGCCCUGAAGAAAACCAACAUUGAACCUGUCAUUUGUUUGUUGUUGAUUGUUUCUGUUCUGUUUUUAUUCUGUUUUGUUCAUCUGUUCAACCGGAGGGGCAACGACAUUUCAGUGGAACUCGAGUCCCAGUGUAUACCCUGGCAUGGUCUGGCACAGAGGUGUGCGUAGUUGAAUAGGAAGAGCCUGACUAAAAAACUACUGCCCCACUUCAAAUUGCAGCGUUCUGUCACCUAGGCCUCAUCUCUCCCAGCCCCUAGUAUUCAAUUACAAGGAAUCAGGUGGGGGGAAAACUUUCUUAGACACACUGGCACCAAGGUAAGAGGUGGGGCGGCCCAGGCAAAGUCAGUGAACAUGAAAAAUCAGACAAAGCAGAGAUGGAAAUAAUGUGCCUCUUGAGGAGAAAAGCAAUAAUGAAUAAAAGGACUUCCCAACAAUAACUUCACUGAGGACUCACGUUACCAAUUUUCAUGCUUACUAAAGGGAUGGUAAGAAACACCCCAGCAUUUUAGAUGUCUUGGUUACGUUUACGGCGCUGAGGUCAUCUUUCUGCUGUUUGUUGUCCUGCUUGGUUGAGUACCACAAUUAAAUAUUAUGCUCCCCUUUUCUUGUUUGAAAACAGUUAUUUGGUGACUAGAAAGGCCAGGGAGGCAUAGCAGAAAAUUAACUCUUGGGUUAAUGGGUCAGUUCUCCUUGGAACUGAGUCAGCGGAAAGGGAGUACUCUCCAAAGAAAGACUGACACGGUGCUAGUUUCCUCUCUUGGAGAGCCAAGGAGAGGCAACUCUCCAAUAGGUUCUUCUCUAGAGAUUUCAUUUCCUAAACUGUAUGAGGACCCAGUGGUUCAUUGGUAUCUGCAGGGAUGUUGAACCCACUCAUCCUGUGCUGAGGAUGAAAGCAAACUAUAGUCCCAUCAACGCCUCAAAUUAUGAGCCUUUAUUGCAACUGGGUUAUUGCAACUAGCAAAGUACACAGUAAACAAAGCAAUACAUCAACAAUGAGCAUUCUUUCAGAAAAAAAGAUCAUAUUUUUUUCCCCACUAAAGGCUGUUUUUUUUCCAGCUUUAUGUGGCUAAGAGGCUUGGUGAGGUUUCUUUGUUAUUGUUCUUGUUGUUAUUAAGAAUUUUUAUAGCUUAGAUAUAAAGGGUCUUCAGAAAAGGCCUUUGCAAUAUAUUUUAAUUACAAACACUUGAUUUGGGCAAUUGUACAAAUUAACCUCACAAUAUUACUAGCUCAUUUUUUAAAUAUUUCAACAUGCUGAAAUAAUUUCUGGUUAUGGAAUUAUCCUUUUAAGGAUUAUCUUCUAAUUCAGAUAAUCUUGUUCUGAUGGAGGAAGAACUAUGAACACUGAAACAAGGAAGAAUUGUGUUGGGUGGUAUUAAAAAGGAAUUUUUAAUGACGUUCAAGCAAAAGUAGAAUGAUUUUCAGGUCAAAUUCUGUCUUCAAAAAAUAUGUGCUCCACUUUUUCUGCCAGGUCUGAAAAAAGUUCAUUGGGCAAUUUCCCUCCAACAAGGGCUGCAGUUCUAUUGAUAAGUAACUUCUUUGGCUGCACAAUCUACUACCCACCAGGCACUGGUUUUUUUUUUUUUUUUUUUUACCAACUGGAAAGUUUUUUUUUUUUAUCAGUACUGUGUGCGACUCCUACUUCUCAUUGCCUGUGACCAUUCAAAAUAGAAAAAAAAAAAAAAAGCUUCUUGAUGGAUGCCAACAUUGGUGACUGGUCAGUGGCAAAGAUCACAGAGAAUGGCAAACACAGCUGUGAGCUCCUGUACACUAUUUCCAGAACCUAGUUGGUAGGUAGUAAAUGAAUCACUCAGGUAAAGUAUAGAUUUGAUUUAAUUCUACCUGUGCUCAUCAGAAAGACCAAUCCAUUUCUCUGCUGAGAAAUGUCUUGGGAGUGUUACAGGUAGAAAUUGUUGUUAGAAUUCUGACAGGCCGUGGGAGCCUCCUGAGUUACAGCUUGGUUUAAACUUAGCACAGAACUAAAUAAUCUGCUCCUCUCUAAUAACAUAGGAAAGAUUCAGGGAAUUAAGCUUUUCAUCUUACCCUCUGAAAGUGGAAACCAGACUGAGACGGUAAGUUAAACGAUGAAGCCUGUCACCAUUAUGCCAUUUCUCCCUCUUAAGGUAUCAAUACUUCUAAGGAGGGAUUCAAGCACAAAUAAGUGAACUAGUUGCUGAUAGAGCAGAGAUGUUUAAAUCAGGCCUCAGGAGCUGAAACUUAUUUGGGGCUUGGCUUGGGACAUAGCAGAUUCUCUUUGCUGGGCUUUCUAAAAGUGUUUUCCCAUGGAACGGAAAGUGGUCUUGGACAGAAGAAAAUGGGUUUUUAAGUAGGGUUAUUGUUAAGCAUGGAAAAGACACCAUCUCAUCUUAUGUCCGUUUCUAGCCUCUUUGCAAAAGCACAGUAUGCGAUGAGCAACAGAAAAGGGUAGAGUCCUAAAGGGACGGGCAGAUUGUUCCCUAACUGGAAGCAUUCUUCGGUUUUAUAUUUGAAACUGUUAGAUUUGCAGCUGGAGAUGUGUGUAUGUUUGUGAACGUUAUGCAUAUUGCUGUCAUAGUUUCAGAAGCCGCAGUAGACAUGACUCUCUUUGUAUUGUAGAGAUUGAUUUCGGGGAAGUUUAAAGGAUUUCAAGGAAAAGUUAUGAGGUUCCGACUAAGAUGUUAAUAGAGUCCCUUCUCAUAUUCUGAUCUUAAAUUGUUUGGGAAAAGAUUCCUGCUCCCUUACCGCCCUCUUGCCCCAUCCUGACAGUUGUGCGUAGGCUUGGAGAAUCCUGCUUUAAUAAGUUGUCUUUAAGUUCUGUUAAGGCGUUUAGAUUGAAGUUCCGAAUGGCUUUACCAUAAAAAUUAUACUACUGCCUGGCAUUCCUUUUACAAAACACUAUAGAACGCUUAGUUUCAAAAGCAGUUAAAUAACAAUAACAUAUAAACCACAUUUUCUUUUAUUUUUUUUGAGAUGGGCACUUUUUAUUCACUUUAACGUUUAAGUGGGAAAUACGAAGACCCUUGUCGGGGAAAAAAGCUUACAAAAUGCUACAGUGUUUACAAAUACCAGUUCCAGAUGAUUAGAAAGGCCAUUUCAUUAUGGUUGAAACUUGGAAUAGCUUAUGCAAAGGCUGUGUUCUUUUUUUUUUUUCUUUUUAAUACAACUUUUUUUUUUAACUUCAAGUUACCAUUUGUAUUUUAAACAUAAAUAUAAUUCUGCACUUUGAGAUCAGUUCCCUAGAAUGAUGACCUGGAUGUGGAUAAAGAUGCAGUAUUCCUUAUUCUGUACUUUAUUUAUUAUACUUACAAAACUGCAGUUGAUUAUAUCUGGUGAGGUGAGGCCUUCAAGUGUAUUACUCUGCCUUUGUUGUUAUAACUGCUUAGAAAUGUAGCGUCGAUAUUGUUAUAAAGGUGUCUUAACAUUUCUAGUAAGGAUUGACAGAAUUUCAGCAGUGUUAAGAAUACCAGCAUCCAUGUUGUGUUGAGAGUUACAGUCUGUGUGUAAAGGACUAAAGUGGUAUAACUUUUAUGAAUCAUCAUAGGCCCAGGAAGCCUUAAUACUCCUAGUCCAUGAUCCAACCUCAGCUUUUUGCUCUUUACUAAUUCCUGUAAAUUUAGCAGGUAAAAUGCAUUCAGUUCCAACUUACAUUGAUCAAAUCUCUUAUUUUAGUUUUUCUGAGAUGGUGUACCCCAUAAAAAUCUUCACAGUUUAAUUUUUUUUUUUUUUAAGAAAAGGGGUUGGUAAGUCAUGUCUUCCAUAUUAUAUUUCUACUUAUCCCCAUACUACCUUUUGCUUACCUGUACAGGCACCCCCAACACAAGCCUGUGUGUAUACACAUCUGUAUAUGUAGCCACUUGGCUAUGCAUACUUAAGAAGUAUCAACAUGGACUUUUUUUAAAAGAGAAAAUUUGUAAUAAUCCAUGCUGUCUGGAAAUGUAAGUUAUUUACCUUAUUAGGGAAUCAGCUUAUAAUGCUAUAUAUGACUUUGCCCGCAUUUUAUAGUUAAGAAAUGUACAUAAAACUAAAAAUGCUAUAUUUUCACAGUUUCAUGAUGGAGUAAUGUCUGUUUAGCAACUCAUGCCCAUUGAUACAUUAAAUAUGCUAAAUACUGAGCAAUUGCAAUAGAAAUUCAGAUUUUCAUAAGAAAAAGAAAUAGGAGGAUACUGCAUCUUUAAAAAAUAGAUUGAAGAUAUUUUACUGUAUUCAUAACAUAUGUGAUAGUGGAAAAAAUAUUUUCAAACUCAAAUUUUACAGAGGUUGUAAAUAGUUUGAUGAAGUAUGUUGGGGAAAAGAGCUUCUAGUUUUCAUCACAAUAAAUAAAAUAAAUUAAAAAAAAAAAAAAAACAAAGCUUGUUCAGAUAUGCCUUGUAUAUCCUCCACACAAUUAGCCCUAUUGCCAUGGAAACUCAGUUGUUCCACUUUGUCAGAGCACGUCCGUUGUCUUCAGAGUGGAGCGGCCACUUGUCUCGAUUUAACCCAGAUGGUUUCAAACACAAUGAAGUCAUUCUGAGUUGCAGACAACUGAUUCCAAACUCAAAAAUAUCUUUGCCUAAAAAGGGGAAAACAACUGCACAGCCUUUUACUUGUGCUAAUUUUCUCAGUGAUAUAUUUCUCUAAAAGCGGUUCUUGAUCAAAAAACUAACAUACAGGUGUUUCUAUUUCAGAGGUAACAAUUUUAGGUGUAGUUACCUGUUGACCAGAUUAAGUUUUGUGCAUAUGGCCACAGGUUAAAUGAAUCUCUUCUGGCAAUAGGAAUAAGCUAAUUCCCAUUUUCAGAAAUGAAUCAAAAGCUGAAAGUGCCUGUCAAUAAACAUUAUGACCGAUGAGAACUUACACAGCAAUAAUUUCAUCAGACUGGGUUUUUCCUCCACAUUUAGAAAGCAUACACACACAGUAAAUUUAUGCACAUAGUGAAUUAAAUCUAUUGACUCACGCUCAAAAAAUCUUUUGUGUGUUUUUGAUAUACCUAACCUUAUUUGCAUUAGUGUUUCUUAUAAUUUGAUCUUUCUCACUUGCAGAAUGUGAAAGUGCAAAUCUGAACAUUAAAGUCAACUUCAGUGUAUACUAUGACAUGGCAAUUAUAAUUUUUAGAUAAAAGCUUCACUGUGAUUUGUCCUAAACUUAUAAAGCACUAUGUUUGGCUCAUAAAGCUUUGUUCAGUAAAAAACAACAUAAAACAACUGUUUAGAGCAUAACACUGAGGGUUUUUCGUUUGGUGGUUUUUAUCCGCUAAUAUCAACUGCACAAAUUACAUUUCUUCUAUUCCUUUUUCCUUAAUAUUUCCUGUUAUCAUCUAAGAACCAUUUGGGGAUAAAUAUUAACAAAGUUAUUCCUAUCCAAAAGGUCUACUGAAGUACUACUAGUAAGACUUAGUAAACCUAAUCUUUAGCCAAAGUUUGCAGCUAAUUCUGAAAAUUACCAGGUUUACAUUCAGAAGUUCACCAUUUUUUCUCCUAUAGUUACUUUACUGCUAAAAGUGGAGUCAGGGAUAGAAAUACUCAAGAUUAUAUGAAUAGACAUGAACCCUGGAAAUUCUCCAACCCUACUGUCUCCAAGCACAAACUCACCCAAACAAGCUAUUGAGGCUAUCAGUAAAAUUAUACUCUUUCAGAGCUAAAUGUUUUGUAAGAGCAAUUAAAAAAAUAUGGCUGUGAUUAAACAUCCAGGCCUCAGACAGUGAACACGAUUGCAAUGGACAGUGCUCUCUAGAACCUGACCACAUGCCUAGAAAGCCAUCUACUGUUUCCUCUUUCAAGUUGCAGAUAAGAGGAAAGGGAGAAGGAAAUAUGCUGGCGGGGGGGGGGGCGGGGGGGUGGCGGUAAGUCCCUCUGUAAGUGUCAAAGGAAUGCUGCUGGAUUCCUUCAUCUCACUGAACUCAAGGAAACCCAGGUGGCAUAGUGGUUAAGUGCUACAACUGCUAACCAAGAGGUCAGCGGUUCGAAUCCGCCAGGCACUCCUUGGAAACUCGGGCAGUUCUACUCUGUCCUACAGGGUUGCUAUGAGUUGGAAUUGACUCGAUGGCAGUGGGUUUUGUUGUUGUUUUUUUUUUUUUAAUUGAACUCAAGUCUUACACCAGGGUGUCCUUCUGCAUGUCGUCUGACAGUGUUAAAAUAAAUUGGAGGGUUAACGAUUCAGCAAACCAUGAAAAUAAUAGCUAUCCUUUAUGGAAUACUUGCUGUGUACCAAGAAUGAUGCUAGGCACUCUUUGGACAAGCUGCCUCUAAUCUGCACAACAGUUCUACAUUUUAGGGAUGGAAGAACCGAGGCACAGAGAGGGUGGCUGUGUUGUCUGUAAGCACAAAAAUGGCAAAUGGUAGAGUAGGAAGGUGAAGCCACCUACCCCUGCCUUCGAAGCAUGUGUCCCUUCCACUCCACCAUACCUCACCUCUAUGCCCCACAGCCAAGUUUCCAUAUUUCUAACUCUAGUUCUAUUAUGGGCGGCAUGCAUGCGUAGGCAUUAUAUUUUCCAAGUAGAAUAACUGGAACAUGAUGUAACACGUGAUUUGAUGGUGGUACAGAAUAUUUGAAAUAACUCUCCCGGAAAAAUCAGACAUGAAGGAUCAUUAUUAAAAAACAGCAACGACCAGAUGGCUCCCUGAACUUGUCACUUUCUUCCUAAAUGGUUGGCCUGGAGCCCUAAAAUCAAUCAAAAUUCUUCCCUACUUGGUAGCAUUUUCGUCUGAAUUGGUUUUCUCAAUUCUGCAUAUUUGUUUGAAUGUGUAGUAAAAACUUUCCCGAUAUAGAUUUGCAAUUUUCACCUCCACGGAACCAGUUCUUAACAUCAGAGCCCACUCGUGCAGUGGUUAAUGGGGUGGUAAACACAGACAUAUUUGGUUGGUGAACAAGGAAGAACACCAAGACCAUUCCUUUUCAGAAUUCUUGCCUAAAAGCACGACCUUGGAAUGUUUUAAAUAGUCCCAUAAAUGAUUUGUCGAUAUUAUUGUUGCUAGUUAAAUUGAAUUUUCUGUUAAAAAGCUACCCAACAUGAGAGAAAUGCACCCGCCGCCGCUUUUCUGUGUAGAACAAGGUCUCUGACAGUAUUGAUUUGUGGAAGUACUAAUGGACUUAGCAGACAUGAAGAGAAUGUAAUUUCUCACAGUGUUUCUGUUUCUGAAAAUGAAUCUCCUCAGUUAUGACCUUGUUCCGUGUUACUUGGCUGGGGGAAGAGACAAAACCUGCAUAAACAAAUUCCCUUCCGUGCUGAAAGCAAGGGUUCUGUGUGUACACCCUACUGAAGACUGGGACUCAGUUAAUUGGGUUUCGCAAGCAAUAAUUUCUCAACAACAAAACCACAAUUUUAAGUGAGUUGAAGAGAGAUGAGUAGUGGAAAUAGUCACAUCAGUACUUUUUCUUUCUGGAUUUCAUCUUUAGAAAUGUGAAGUGUUUGAGAUAAGAGAGUCUGCCAUUUGUGCAAAGAAAGAACCAAUGACUUCUCUUGUAUGAAUUGUAUCUUGCUUUUUCCAAAGCAGGUUAAACCAAGGUGUUCACAGAGAUUCAUUUUUGUUGAGAAAUGAGGGUGGAGAGGACAGUAGAAUGUGGGUCCAAAUCCAGUAGUAAAAGUGCCCAAGCAGUCAAAAAGUCGGGUAUUUUAGGAACAUACCAAUACCUUUCCUUUCUGCUAAUUUCAUGCUCUAGAGUUAUAGCAUACCACAUAUAGAAAAUGCAUUUGCCCUACUUGUAUUUCUAAUUUUUUCCAUAGCGAAUUUUGUAAUUACAUCCAGACUAUACUAUAUAUUUUGUUCCUCAAGCUUCAUUAUAUUGGAUGGGUAUUGUUGAACUGGGGCACUGGUGCCUAUGUUCAAGGCUCUUUCCUAUCAACUUGUCUGUCCACAAUUUGUAGUGUUUAAAAUUUCAUUUUUUUUUUUAAAUCACUAUCCCCCCACGGGAUGGUGGCUGUAUUGUUUUGUCCACGUCUGUGUGGGACACAUUGCAUCACAUGGCUAACCAACUCUCUGUGGAUGUGAGAUAACUACUUACAAAACCAGCUUGAAAACAUUGUCUUAUGUAUUAUGUCAUCCUGCAUCAUCAUGCAAUUAUGUGUAUCAUAACAUGCUCAUUUAAAAAAAAAAAAAAAAGAAAGAAACCAGCAAAUUCAUGUUUGUCCAUAGAAGAAUGUACUCAGAACUUUGUGUGUUGUGAAACGAUGAGAACAGACCACCUUCAAGAUACCCACCUGCCACUUAAAAUGACUUAGCUAUAAUUAGUAGUAGUCUAGACGUCGCUCUUGGUGUGUGGGGGUCAAUUCAAACGUCAUACUCUUUUGAAUAAUUCUCUCAGUUGUGUUUGAAAAAAUACAGGAAAAUAAAGCAAAAUAUCAUCUUUGGCCAAAUCAAGCAGGCAUCUUUUUUCUUUUCCUUGACAUUUAGCUCAUUAUACACGGUUAUUGGAUCACAAGAUCUUUCAGUGUAAAAAUACAAAAACAUCCUUUAGUUUACAAAACAGUUAUUCUAGGCUGGAAGCCUCUGAACAGCAAAUUGAGUAGAUGUGCUGCCUCUGAUUCACUUUAUGGAUGUAAUUUUAGAAAAGACUCUUGUGUCUCUGACCCCAGAGAGUUAGAGUGCCCGGAGGAGGUCUUACGCAUCAAAAGAGGGAAAACCCCCAAUGAUGCUGGCAAGCAAAUGUGUUAAUUUCUUAAAUUUUCGUUUUGUUUUCUGUUCAGAGUUUUAAUUGCAAAUGAAUUUAUUUCUCCGGCUUAUCUAAUGAUCUAAUUUCCCAAUAGUUUCCUCUGCAUUUAUAUACUCUGUAGUGUUUAGGCAACCCCUGUUAUAAGUUUAUUAAUAUUAUGUAAGUGUUGUUCUUGUAUUUAUGUAUAGUGUAUGUAUUGUAAAUAUACUCAGAGCUUUUUUCCUUUUACUGUAAAAUGGUGAUUUUUUUGCCCUAUGAUAUGUAAAGGGAGACCCUCCUAAUGAGAUUCUCUCAGAGGAUGAUGAUUCCAGUCUAUUCUCAGAGAUUUAAAUGAACAAGUGUUAUCGUUUUUAAUGGUGUCUCAGACAUAUUCUGUUGGUGCAUUGCUUUUCUGUAUUCAACUUUCCUAUGAAUCGAGCUGUGAACUGAAAUAGAGUUUAAACCUUUAACUGUAUGCAUUUGUAUAAUUAUCUGAAUGAAGGCAUGAAGGUUAAAUAAAGCAUUUUGUAUGGAACAAAA